CAGCUCUCUCCCAUCUGUACUGCAGCCAGACACCUUGAUAGAAACAUCCUUAUUUUCCUGUUCAGGCUGAUGGAAGGUAGAACUGUGCCUCACACCUAUCCCAUGAGUGCAGAAUAUGAAUUUGCUAACCCAACCAAGAUUUUUGAACAAAACUUUGGAGAAGGCCUUUCCCCAAAGGAUCUUCUGUGCCCUACAUUAUACCAUGGUUAUUACAUCAGGCCAAGGAUCAACAAACAGACAGAUAGGGGCUUUUCUGAAAUCAAUAGGAAUGAACAUAAAUUCCAAGCAUUCCUAGAUGUUUGCCAUUUUCUCCCAGAUGAGAUCAGUGUUCAUACAAUGGACAACCUCCUAGAAAUAUCUGCACAACAUCCACAGAAGAUAGAUAGCCAUGGCUUUGUUAGUAGGUCAUUUAACAGGAAAUACAUUUUGCCCUUGGAUGUAGACCCUCUUCUAGUAAAAGCUAAGUUGUCCCAUGAUGGAAUCUUAAGCAUCGAGGCUCCCAGGAACGGUGUGGACCUGAAUGGAGAAAUCAAUGUGGUAAAGAUAGAAGUUCAAAAGUCUCCUGUAGCAGAAGCUGAAAGUUCCAAGGAGAAGACCAAAGACGUAUUUGAUUAAAUAAUAGGAGUUGUUUGCUUUCAAAUUAACUUUAAGUAUGAUGUAGAGAGUGAUAUUCUGAGACCAUUUUCAAUUGGUUUUAUUUUUUUAU